AUGGUGAGCAAGGAAUCCGAGUUCAGCCAGGUGGUGCAAUAUCUUGAAUUUUACGCUCUUGCGGUGAGGAAGUACCUAGAAGCCACACAUGGCGAUCCUGCGCUCCCCCCGACUCCGGAGUCCCCUAGCGAUCUACUGAGAACACACAUCAUUCCGCCAAGCUACUUCGUCAAUGACCAACCACCAAAAUUCCAGGCCGGGCUCCUUAACCUCCUCCAAAUGGCUGCUUUCCCCGCUCAGUUUGCGGGCAGGUAUAGCCUUUUGAGAGAAUACGCACAACUCAAUUUCAACACCAGUACGAUGAAUUGGGAGUUCUUCCACCUGCACGAAGACUGGAACCUGUUUGAUCUGCCCCGAGACAUGCAGACGCUGUGGAAAACCCAUCGUUUCGCGCUGGAGUGUCUUGGUGAGACUGCCCGCUGUCCACGGAAUCCCGCCAUCGUUUUCGUCAAGCUUCGGCUUCACUGGUUACCGGAGGGCAGCUCUAUGCCCAGUGACGCCGUCAUUAACCUGGCUGACGAAGACAUUCUGGAAAUGAUGAAUCUGGAGCAUUACGAGGAAGACACGUCUAGGUCUAAGGAUGGGUUCGAGGUGAUGUCGAAGCCUAUAUAUCCUGAUCAAGAGGAUGGUUUUGAGGACGAUGGGUUUGAGGGGUUGCGGCCUCUAUAUAAGACGGGGGAUGUCUAUUGCCUGCCUGUACCGAGAGAACAAGUCCUAAGGGUCCAGCAGGCUUUUGACCUUCAAUGGCAUCUCAGAGAGGCUGGGUUCAUGGCUGGAAUCAAAUGUGCAUGA